GACCCUUUUGUGUAACAUCCACAGAUAAAAAAAAUGGAGGAAGCAAAGCAAAUUGAAGUUGGGGAAACUUCCUCAUCUACACCAUCUAGAAAAGUUAUAACUCUGGAGCCAAAGCUGGUUAUAAAGAAAGGAAUAUCGACUCUUGGAUUUGUUUUUCGGUUAUUUGCUGUUUUCGGAACUAUAGGAAGCGCACUCGCCAUGGGAACAACACAAGAAUCAGUUGUCUCUUUGACUCAGCUUGUACUCCUUAAAGCUAAAUACAGCGACUUACCAACGCUCAUGUUCUUUGUGGUUGCAAACGCGGUUGCUGGUGGAUAUUUGGUUCUUUCACUACCUGUGAGUAUCUUUCAUAUCAUCAGUACUAAAGCUAAAACCUCAAGAAUCAUCUUGCUCGCCAUCGAUACGGUGAUGUUGGCUUUGGUGAGCUGUGGUGCAUCUGCAGCGACAGCAACCGUGUAUUUAGCUCACGAGGGGAACACAACUGCUAACUGGCCGCCGAUUUGCCAGCAAUUUGACGGAUUCUGCGAACGCAUCUCAGGAUCUCUCAUCGGUUCUUUCUGCGCAGUGAUCUUGCUCAUGCUUGUUGUUAUCAAUUCCGGUAUCUCUCUCUCGCGCCACUAAGAUAUUUAUCUAAUUCAGCAUCACAAUCGUGGCGAAAUGUGUAUCUAAUCUACAAUAUGAUCUUUUAAGUUUAUAUAUAAUGUAAACUUGUAAUGCAAUGUAACGUAAUGUAAUGAGUACAGAGAUUUCAUGUGAA